AUGGUGGUGAUGACCGCCCUCAGCUCCGCAGCCUGCGGCCCGGACGUCUCAACAACUCAUGCGCCCAAGCUCUGCCAGCUUCGUGCGUGUCGUACCUGGUGGCUGCCCGAGCUCUUCAACUUCCUGAUCAAGUUCGGCCUCUCACGGGAGACGCCGGUGACCACAAGCCUUGGAACGCAAAUAGGCAUUCCUCUGAACUUCUUGCUGGACUUGUUUGUGGUGCACAGCCACUUUCGAUGGCCUCAGGCCGUUGGUGUCCUGACGAUGUUGCUCAGCUUCAGCGUCUGGCAUCACUCCGAGGCGAGCCGGGACGGCGCGGCGCGACGUCCGAAUGCCCCCUAA